AUGUGGAGCGCGCCUUCCAAGCUGCGGUACGGGUGGACGUUCUUCGCGGCGUUGCUGGUCGGGCUGGUGGCCGUCAUCUUUGUCGGCAGCUUUGCGACGGCCCGCGUCGUCUACACCGCCUGCAGCCUCUCCCUGCUCGCCUACCGCGUCUCCUACUACGCCGAGCGCGGCCUCCUCCUCUACUGCGUCGACCUCUGCUACUGGGUCCACCUCGUCGGCCUCGCCGCCCUCUGGCUCGCAGAGCUGCCCGGCGAGUGGGCGCUGGCGGCGCUCGCGUCUGCAGUCGGGCCAGUCGGCGGCGCUGUCUUCAUGCUCCAGUCGCCGCUCCUCCUCCACCACCCGGAGGCGAGAGCGCCCCUCCCCUGCCCCUCCCCGCCUCUGCCGCCCGACGCCUCUCCACGCCCGGCCCUGCGCGCUCAGGCGUUCGAGUCCUUCUUCCUGCACGUGGUGCCAACCUGGGUCGCAUGCGUGGUCGCAUACGUGGUGCGCUGGAGGCUGAUGCCGCCGCUUGCGCCGGAGCUGCUCGCGGUGCGCCACACGAUCCGGCUCGGCUUCACCUCCGUCUACCUGCCGUGGGCUGCCGCCUACCUCCUCUUUCUGCUUGCCAAGCCGUACACGCCCCUCGCGCAGUACGAGACGCUCUUCGACUGGUACACGAGCUCGGUGGCAGGAGGCGGAGGAGGAGGCGGAGGAGGAGGCGGGUCGGACCCGCCGUCGGGCGCGCGCGCCUUUGUGCGUUACGCGUGGAAGCCGAUCGCCUACAUCGUGGCGCACGCGCUGCUGUCGCUGGAGGGGUACGCGGCGGCGGCGCUCUGCCUGCGCUGGGAGGCGGUCAUGCUCGCCUGGAUCGCGAUGAUCUUUGCGUGCAACAUCCUCUACGCCUUCGACUUUUACCGCGCCUCCGCAGACCCCGCGUACCGCCCUGGGAACAAGCUCGUCGCAGGGCUGCGCGAUUCCGCCAUCUCCUGGGCGGUGAUGCUGCCGCUCUGGUACUGCUGCGAGCAGGGCCACCUGUGUGUCGCCCUCCUCUGGUUCGUCUUCCUCGGCUUCCUCCCGUUCGUUCGGCUCUACGUUCAGUACGUUCAGCCCUUUGCUUUCGAGAACCGCCUGCCACCGGACGAGCUGGAGCUCAAGUACAAGCAGCCGCGGACGGCAGGGCCACAGCCGACGGAUCUCGGCGUGCGGGCGGGCGGAGCGCUGAAGCCGUGCACCGACGGUAAGCCGCACUGCUUCUCGUCGAGCCCAGAGUCCUUUGACGGGUAUGAGGACGCCGCCGACGAGGCAGCUGGCUGGCUCGUGCAGCCCUUCCGAUUCGACAUGCCGCUGGCCGACGCGGUGGCGGACGUCAAGGAGGCUAUCGUGUCUUACCCGCCGGGGCAGCGCGGUAUUGACGGAGGCGGCUUCAGGGUGGUCAAGGAGUCGACGUCGGCGCAGGCGGCUUACAUCUACGUGCAGUACGAGUCCCGGCGCAAGGGCUUCGUCGACGACAUGGAGUUCGCGCUGGCCAACGGCGUCGUCAACGUGCGCACGAGCUCGCGGCUCGGCUACCUGGACAUGGGCGUGAACGCGAAGCGCUUCACCUGGUUUGCGGAGCGGCUCGGCGCGCAGAGGGGGUGGAAGACGGUGCCGCUGCGAGCCAAGGGGCACGAAGAGUAUUUCGCGCUCAACGGCAUCACCGACAAGGAUAUCAUGAGCUCUUGA